UUGGGAGCUUCUGUCUGUAUUUAUAUUUUCGACGGACCAUGCGGGGUCGGGGCGACGCCACUUCCGAGAGAAAUUCCGGUGAGACGAUCGAGUGAUCGAGAAGACGGAGGAGAAAUUAUGAUUCCAAUUUUUUGAUUUGAUUGCUUCAAUUUUGGUUUAAUGCUUUAAGCUUUGCUUUAAUAGAUGAAGAACCAUAUCCUCACGGCUCUUUAUAGCACACGGCUUCUCUCCACAGACACUCCAGGAGAUUGAAGGGGGAAACUAUGGAAGUGUCAGGCAUUUCUAAGAAUAUUAGGAAAGGAUGGAUUGAUCCAGACUCUAAAGAAGAUGACUAUGAGCCUAAUGUUGUGAGAGCCACGCACAGACGUUCUCGGGGAAGUAUUAAAAAAUUAGUGAAUAUAGCCACUGUGAUGAACAAGUGUGAAGGUUCAUUCUGCAGAAGUGCCUCAUCAUCUCCUAGCAUUCAUUCAGAUCCUUCUUAUUAUGAGGAACAAAGUGAGGAGGAGGAGGAGGAGGAGGAUGUGGAACAAGCGUACAAUCCAGAAUGUUCAUCAAGAAAGACUGUGUUAAGUCGAAAUAAUAAUAAUAAUAAUAAUAAUAAUAAUAAUAAUAAUAAUAAUAAUAAUAAUAAUAAUAAUAAUAAUAAUAAUAAUAAUAAUAAUAAAGCUCAUAAUAAGAUAAGCUCACAGAAGCAUGAGUUUUCUCCCUGCAAGAAACAGUUAAGAAGGAAGCCUGCUGAAAAGAGAAUAAGAUACGAAGAGCAAAAAGAGCUGGGGAAUGGUACGAAGUCAGAUGCACAGUUGCAUCAAAAGAGAAGCACUUCAAAGAGGAAAAUGAAAUUUAUGAUGGACGAGGCAGAGGACGGAAGUGAAGAGGAAUGGGGAAGAAUCAAAACCCCGCGACCAUCAUUUGUUAUUGAAAGAACUCAGAAAACUCAUGAAUUUGAAAGUUCACCUACUAACAGAAGGUCAUUAAAGCGUGCUGCUGCAUCAUACAGAAAAUAUAAUCUUGAUCAUGAUUUUUAUGUUGGUGAGUGGGAUGAUGAAGAUGAUGAUGUUGAUUAUGAUGAAGAUUUGGCCCCAAUAACAAAGACAACUCAGGUUAGUAAUAGUGGUUUACAACAUGAGGUGGUUGCCAUUGAAAGGGAUGAUUCUAAUGCUUGUGACACAAGAAAAAAGAAAGAUUCUAGGCAGUUCUCCUCUAGUUCUUCAUCUUCAUCGUCUUCCUUAUCUUGUUUGACAGUAUCAAAGCGUGACAAGAAGAUUGAUCAUCAGGCAAGAAGGAUUGUACUGUCAGCAAUGUGCCAUCAAUGUCAAAGGAGAGAUAGAAGAGUCGUUAUUGCAUGCAGCAAGUGCAAACAAAAUCUAUACUGCAUUCGGUGCAUCAAGCAGUGGUAUCCUGGACUGGAAGAGGAAGACAUUGCAGAGAUUUGCCCUUUUUGUCGUGGAAAUUGCAAUUGUAACAACUGUUUACACUUGAGUGGCUUCAUCAGGACAUCAAGAAGAAGUCUCACUGGUGCUGAAAAGCUCCAACAUCUCUGCUAUUUGGUUGAUAAACUUCUUCCCUUCCUCGUACAAAUCCGUAGAGAACAGGAUCUGGAGAUAGAGAUAGAAUCUCUUAUCCAAGGUGUCCAUCCAUCUCUAAUUGAGGUCAAACAGUCAACAUUUUACAAAGACGAGAGAGUGUACUGUAAUCAGUGUUCAACUUCAAUAGUGGAUCUUCAUCGAUGCUGCCCGGGCUGUUCCUUUGAGCUAUGUCUGCGUUGUUGUGAUGAAAUUCGAAAUGGGAAGUUUCCAGGGUGUCCUGUAAGAGAAAUUGUCAAAUAUAAAGAUAAAGGAUAUGAAUAUAUGCACGGUGGUGAGCCACAACCAGAAGCUACUAAUGAUGUAGAGAAGUCAUUGUUAGAUAAUUAUAAUGAAACACCAAUGACUGAAUGGGCUGUCAAAGGUGAUCGCAAUAUAAGCUGUGCUCCUAAAGAAAUGGGUGGAUGUGGAAGUGGUGUGUUGGAGCUCAAGCGUCUCCUUCCAACAGAUUGGAUCUUCAAUUUGGAAGCAAAAGCAAAAAGUGCUUUGAGUAAAUGCGGAAGGCGUGUCUUGCAGACAACUGCCAUUAAUAAAACUAACCCUGAGAAGUUGCGCAGAGCAGCAGACAGAGAAGGUUCGAAUGACAACUACUUGUAUUGCCCAACUGGUAGGGAUGCUAUGGACGCGGAAGAGUUUCACCAGUUUAGGAGUCAUUGGGGUAGGGGUGAACCUGUGAUUGUUACAGGUGUCCUUGAGCAGACAGUUGGAUUAAGUUGGGAACCAAUGGUAAUGUGGCGAGCAUUAUGUGAGAACAGAAAUCCAAAAAGCAUCAGUUCAAUUAUGUCAGAAGUGAAAGCUAUUGAUUGCUUGGCUGGGUGUGAGGUUCAGAUUAAUACACGGAAAUUUUUCAAAGGAUAUACUGAUGGGAGAACAUAUGAAAACUUCUGGCCAGAGAUGCUAAAAUUGAAGGAUUGGCCACCUUCUGACAUGUUUGAGGACCUCUUACCACGCCAUUGUGAUGAGUUUAUCAGUGCACUGCCUUUUCAGGAGUACACUGAUCCAAGGGCUGGGAUCCUCAAUCUUGGAGUCAAGUUGCCACCUGGUUUCAUUAAACCUGAUUUAGGUCCAAAAACUUACAUAGCAUAUGGUGUCGCAGAUGAGCUUGGGAGAGGAGACUCUGUAACUAAGCUUCAUUGUGACAUGUCUGAUGCAAUAAAUAUUUUGACGCACACAACAGAAGUACCUUCAAGUCAGGAACAAAGAUCUGCAAUUCAAAAGUUGAAGGAAAGACACAAAGCUCAAGAUGAAAGAGAGGGCCUUGUAAAAGGUGAUUUUAUUUCACUUAGUGAUGAAUGUCGAAGAUCAUCAUCCUCAAGUCUUUUUGAAAUUGAGGAACCUAGAGAUGUUGGUGGAAGUGCACUUUGGGAUAUAUUUAGAAGAGAGGAUGUACCUAAAUUGAAUGAGUAUCUUGUGAAGCAUUCAAAAGAGUUUAGACACACUUAUUGUAAUUCAGUGGAAAAGGUUUUUCAUCCCAUUCAUGAUCAAAGCUUCUAUUUAACUUUAGAGCACAAGAGAAAACUAAAGGAAGAAUAUGGUUUGUAGCAUCAGUCCUCUACUCAUUGAAUUAAAAUAUUCCUAUUUUAAUAUACAUGUUUGUGUAGGAAUAGAGGCCUGGACAUUUGAACAGAGACUUGGAGAGGCCGUUUUCAUCCCUGCAGGUUGUCCUCAUCAAGUAAGAAAUCUUAAAGUAAGUGCACUUACCCAGUUACGUCCCUGCUCUCUUCUAGUUGAUCCAGUUAGCUUUGUAUAAAUUAUGACUGAUGAUGAUUGUGUCUAUUUUGUGGCCCAGUCGUGCACAAAAGUUGCAGCGGACUUUAUCUCUCCAGAAAACAUUGAGGAGUGCAUACGACUAACAGAAGAGUUCAGGAAACUGCCAAAUAACCACAAAAGCAGAGAAGACAAGCUUGAGGUACCUUACCCAUCUUCUACCUCUUCUAUCCUAGGAAUUGGUUCUGGGGAAAAAUGUUCCCUUUUUAUUCUUUUUGGAGUAUUAUCCUUUUACUCCCAUUUUAACAGAUAAAGAAAAUGGUCCUGCAUGCCAUCAACCAAGCAGUUCAAGAUUUGGAAAGCUUGACAUCUGUCAAGUAAAUUUGAAUAUCACUCGUAAAGCUGUAGUACAAAGAGAGAGUAAUGUGUGAAUUUUCUGUAAAAGAGAGUAAUGUGUGAAAAAGAGAGUAUUGUUAUGAUUUUUUUUUCUCUGGAGAUCUUUCCUUGAAUCUUAUAAUUAUACUUGUAAUUGAAAGUGUUUCUAAUCGUAAGAAGAUUAUAUUUCUUAGUUAUUGGUAUCCAACUUUCUAUCUUUUACUGUCUACUGUUUUCACCUUUUAUGACAAAGGCCAUUUUCACUUUGCACAUUUUUUAGGUUUAGAGAACUUGAAAACAAGCAUUUUUCUGAUUUGUUAUUUUUGAAAAACAUGUGAAAGAAUUAUGUUUUCUGCUUUCCAGUUUUUUAGUAUACAAAUACAAACCUUCAUUUUUCCACAAGCAAUCCUACCCGUAUGCACUUGACAUGCGUGAAGAACAAAUGAUGAUUUUCACAUGUACUUUAUAAAGAUAAAAGAUGAAAAAAUCUACUCCGUAUUAUUUUGGACGACAUAGAUACAACAUCACGAUUCAUGACAAGUAAUAGUGCAUUGUAGCAUAGAAUAAAACCUAAUACUUACAAAUAUCAUCUUUUAUUUGUGAAAUAUAUUAUGAAUUUAGUUCUUGUAAUCUUUUUGUUUCAGGCGUUAAUAUUGUAGCAAACUAUGUUAAAAGCUUUUUAAGUUAAUUGAGGUUUUUUCUUAACUAUGAAUAUAAGAGCCCGUUUGGUAGCACGAAAACCGGCUGAUUUGGCUGAUUCUGCUGAAGUGGCUGCAUUGGAUGAUUCUGUUGAUUUACGAAAAAAUUAUUUUUAAAAUAUAUUUUAUUAAUAAAACAAAGAAAAAUUAGGUGUAAAAAUAGCUACAAUGAUCAUGUACAGUAACUUCAGCCAAUACAGCCAAAAAAGUAACUACAACCUUACUUUUUCUGGUUAUUACAUAAUUCAGCGCGCGUAAACAAAAAUUACGUGUUUGGUGAAAAAAUUGGCUGAUAAGCCUGAUUAGCUGAAAAAGAGUGUUGUCAAACGGUCUCUAAGUUAUGGGAGAAAAUGUAAAUGAAGAUACUAUAAUUAUACCAUGACAUCAAGUAGUAAAAAAUGCCUAAUCAAUUAAAUAUGAAAUCCCAUUUGUAUUCAUUAUCUUCAUGUUAGUCAUAUACUUUUCAUUAUUUGAAGGAAUCAUAAAUUGUGUAACAUGUUGCAAAUACUAUUCCUUUUUAUCCCAAUAUGUUACUCUCUCGGUUCCUUAAAACUUAAUCAAGUUUGAUCGAUACAGAAUUAAUAAAGUAAAAAUUGUGGUUAAAAUUUGUGUAAAGAAGAAAGAAUUAAUUAGAACCACAUAUUCUAUACUUAAAAAGGAAACUAAAAUAAUUAAUGAAACAAUCAAAAAAAGAAAGUUAGACAAAAAAAAAUGGAACAGAAAGUUAGACAAAAUUUUAAGAGACAGAGGGAGUAUAGAAUACAAUAAAAUCCCUAUUGUUUUUUUUGUUAUACAAUCCCUAUUGUCAUGGGCAUAGCUAGGGGGCAACCUAGGGCCCGGCCCACAGCAAUUCUCAAUUUUGUUUAAAUUAUUUAUGUAAAAGAAGUCGUGCAAAAAUAUUACCAAAAAUAUUUUUUGUACCAAUUUGUCCUAUUAUACUGCAUAGCCUCUGCCACUGCCUAUUGUUAAUAUCGUAGGAACAAGGUUAGUGUAUUUAUUAAUGGCUAGGAGUCUGGGACUCAUUUAAGGGACUACGUUUACAAAAUUUAAAAACAGAAAUUAUAUUUUAAUGUACAGAUUACAUAAUAGAUGAACCAAAGUGUAAUUUCCCUACAUAAAGGAAAAACAAAUAUUUUUGUUGAUCUGAAAAGAUAUAUGAUUAAUUAUUAAGUUCCAUACGUGGUGACACUAUUGCAUACAUGAUUGUUUUUAUAAAAAUGCAGUACUGUUUAUAGUUUUAUCACAUGAUUACCAUUUAAACAUGUACAAUUUGUCCGUUUCAUUUUUCUUUAUACACACAAACACUCGCGCAAACACCAAAGAUUAAUCAUAAUUAUAAUUGCUUUUCCCAAGAGAAAUCAAAUGAUAUUAAACGACGCACAAUUUUAUACAGGAUGACGUACAUCAGGGAAUGCACAGUUCAUUGUCCCAGAGUAAUUCAAUUUAUUUGUAGGAAUACCUUCGUGUUUUCUCAUUGAUGGCGUUUCACAUUUACAACUUAAAUUAAAAUGAUGCAAAAAAAAUUAUGCCCAUUUGUCUUAUGAGAUGACAUGCUCAUAUACAUAUAAGGCAGAUAGGUACAAGCAGUGUUUAUUGGGUUUUUGUAUUGCAUAUUAACGUUCAAGGUGUUACAUAUUAUUCUCCAAUGAAAUAAACAGUUGCAUAUUAACGUUCAUAGGGUUGCAUCCUAAAAAUGUUUGAUUUUGUUAUCAAAAUGUCAUCGUGCAUCUAUAGCGUUUCGAUCAACUAAUCAGAUGACCAAAAUGGGUUUGUAGUUUGUAAAUUAUGAGAUUUUUGUAUUUUAUCCUUUAUACAUACUCCCUCCGUAACAUUUAUAUAUUCUUACUUUCUUUUUUCGUCCGUAACAUUCAUACCUUCACAUUUCUAAAUUUUCAAAUAGUACUCUCAAUAAUUUUAAAAAUAAUACCUUAUUACAACUACUUUUUUGGAUUUAACCUUCGUUACAACACAUUAUUUCAUUUUCUUCACAUCAUACCUCGAUAGUUAAUAUUUUUUUCAUUACUCAUAAUCUCACCUACUUUUAAACGGGAAGAUAUAUAUGUUACGAAGGUAGUAAAUUAUAGUGUUCUUAAAUAGAUGAAACAUGUUGAAUUUUACACUAUUCAAAUGCUUUGCUUUGACAUCAUUUUAUUUAUUAAUACAAUAGAAAUUUACUACCUCCGUCCCCCUAAAUUUGGGACAAGAGAAGGUGGCACAGUUAUUAAUAAAAGUGGGUUUAUGCGGUUGAUAUUGAAUUGAUAAAGUAAGAAUAAAGUAGGAAUGAUUUUAGAACCACACAAACUUUACCAAAUAAAGUAUGAGACAAUCUUAGUAGGACGGACCGAAAUGGUGAAAUGGGACAAUCAUAGCAGGACGGAGGGAGUAAUAUUUAAAAAAUAGUGUUAAAAUCCUCUAAUUUUAGACUUUCACAAUCUCAAUUUUUAAAUUUUUACUAAUAAAGAAUGAGAUAUACCAGUAGUCAAAAUUGUGUGUUCGAAAGCGUGAAAAUAAAAAUGUUGCAACUAAUUAAAAACAAACAAAGGAAGUAUAUUGUUUGAUUCAAAUAAUAGCAAUAAAAAACUUAAUGAAGUAGAAAGGAAAGUUGACUAGUUAUAAGAGACAUAGAUAACAGUUUUUAAGUUCAUAUUCAUACACUUUUUUGCAGUAAAAACGCAAGGGUUACUCCACAAUAGUCCUAAUUUUUUUACAUUAGCCUGUGAACAAUUUUGAUCAAUAAUAUAUUAAACUGACUUUUAAUAACUAAAUAAAAAAACUGUUAAUAAAAAAUAUUCACUUCAUCUUAUUAAAUUUUGCCAACUUUUAGAGCCGGUUUGGUAGCACAAAAAUCAGCUGAUUUAGCUGAUCCUAUUGAAAUUUAUGAAGUUCUGCUGUUUUAAGAAAAAAUUAGUUUUAAAAUAUAUUUUAUUAAUAAAAUAAAGAAAAAAUUGUAUGUAAAAAACACUAAAAUGGUUAUCGAAAGUAACUUCAACCAAUAUAGCAAGAAAAAUAACUUCAAUCAUACUUUUUCCGCUUGUUACACAACUCGAGUUACAUGUUUGGUGAAAAAUUGUUUGAUAAAUCUGAUAAGCUGAAAAACAGUGUUGUCAAAUGGGCUCUUAAUUAUUGUUUAUCCCAGCGACUCUUUUAGUUUCCUUUGAAAAUAAUGAAUUUGUGGUUAUAACUGUUUUUGGAAUCACACAAUUUUAAUUUUCUUAGUUAUUCCCCGUCCCACUAACAUUGAAAAUACGAAAAGGUAACACAUUUAUUAAGAAAAACAAGUUUAUAUGAUUGAUAUUGAAUUGAUAAAAUAAAAAUAAAGUUAGAAUGAUUUAGAUCACACACAAAAUUUGCUAAAUUUGGUAUACGACAAUCUUAAUAGGAAAAACUGAAAAGAAAAAAUGGAACAAUCUUAACGUUAAAAACACAAACAAUAUACUAACUCUGCAUUUAUGUAUUAAUAUAGUUCAAUGGUAUAUAUGUUCUUCAAUAGAAAUUGCAAUUUUCGCAAUUACAAUAGAUUUGAAUUACUUAAAUUGUUCCAAGAAUCAGCCUAGUCGACCAGAUUAAUCGGCACAAGGCGUUAGUCGACCUAAUCAAUGAUUAAUCAUGCCUGAGCGCUAGACGUUCUUUCACCGCCCGAUUAGCGCCUAACGAGUUCUAAAACAAGGCUUAAAUGUAAUUCAAUUCCUUGAAGCUCAAACACAAGCUAGUCUUUGAUUAAGAAUAGAUUGUGUUUAUUGGAUCAGAUUAUGUUUAAUAUGAAGUAUAUUUAGGAGAAGGAUUGAAAUACAAAAACACAUGUUUUAGCAGGACUUACUUGAAUGAAGGAGAUCCACAUAACUAGGCUUUUAUUCAUUGAAAUCAUCCUUCCCAAAAACAAGAUCUAACCCCAACAAACUUAUUCAUAGAGCUUUGCCUAUCCCAUCCUCGAUGAGGAUCCUUUUAUAUUAGUACAGGCGAGCUAGGGUUAAUGGAAGUUACCAUAUUACCCCUACGUGACUUACCAUAUUGCCCACACCUUCCUACGUCAGAUGAGACUCCCAAAACCACGCGUAAUGAAUAACUGCGUUUGAAAAGAUAUCCUUCCGGUAUAACAGGAAACUACCAACUUGGUGCGUGGGUUUCUUUCACCUUCCUCAGAUUCUGUCUAAAUUACCAAAAAUUUUAAAGAGUUAUAUGGGGU